UCUGGAGCCACAAAAGGCUUUAUGCUACUUUAUACUAUGUGUGCAGUAGAAGUCCUCAAGACCUGUAAACACACUUCAACGUGGAAAAUUGGUGGAUAAGCCCUUUAAGAAAAAAAAGAUGCAGAACAUGAAACAGUGUCUUAAAGACUAGAAAAAAACAUGGUGUUCUUGCUUGUAAUAAGUUGAAAAAAUAUCUCCCGAUGGAACCAACAUCUAAAAUCUCAUUUAUCUGACUGGAAUGCCAUUUUCUAGGUGAUCAGAAGAUGCCAUAUUAAGUGCAAUGAGAUAGCGCGCCGAGUUCAUGCUCCUUCAGGCAGAUCUCACCGGACCUUACUUUGGAAAAACUUUGUGGUAGUGAACGGGGGAAGACAAACCAUUUUUUGAUCCUGUGUGAAUUGCGCUGUGAACCACACAUAUGAUGUUUGUCAAUUUAAAAGAUUGUUUUCCAAGUCAGGAAAGUCUCAGCUGGUCAGCCGUGAAGUUAAAAUAUCAUCUAGUUUUGUGCUAAACGCUCAGUGAACCACAUGGACUCACUCAACACGCGUCACCAACAUGUCCGCCAACUUGACUCAGAAAAAUACAAAGACGGAUGAAAAUCAGGAUAAAUCUGGUCUUAUUGAGGACUGCAAUUAUGUAAACAGAGAGUUUGUCAGUUCUGUGAGCUACAACCUUGAACAAGGUUCAAAUUAUGGCUUUUGGUGACCGUUUGAUUGGACGACGUCACUAACGAUGACGUCAAUAGUCUUAUUUCUCAUUAUUUUAAUGAAAAACUGCAACUUUCUCAAGUUGAGAAAAAUCAUACGUGUGGUUCAUGGCACAACUCAAACGGCAUGAAAAAGAUAAUAAGUUCCACGAGGAAAAGUGUGGACUGUAGGACAACAGGAUGAGAUAAUAUUCCCCUACGUAGAAAAUGAGUAAUCCAGUUUGUAUAUCAUAUUUGUAAAUAUAUUUAAAACAGGAUGAGUUAUGCUUUAAUACUUUCAGAACCGUUUAGAAAAGUUCCUCCUCCACUUCAUGUUUGAGAAUGGGAAAUCUGGGGAGUUUUAUGUUUGGAAACAUCUUGCUUUAUGUUUCAGUGGAUUGUUUAUUCUGUGACAUGUCAGGCCUCAGUGUCAGGCCUCUGCAGUCCCUGGGUACAGCCCCGCUACAUAAACGAUCAUUCUGCUGUGGAGGACCUCCUGGAAACCCUCUAACGACCCUUGUGGCACCUCGGACCCCACCUUGGGGACCACUAUUAAUCUACUAUGAUCCACACCCUCCCUCCUCCCUCCUGGCGGGCUCGUGACAGACAGGUGGCGCUGGUUCACCGACGCUGACGGGUCGGCCAGUCGGGAGGAACAGAAGUUUGUUCUGCGCUGUGCUUUUACGCAGGCGCAGAUGACUCUGUUUGUCCAGUUUCGCUGGUUGACUUUUACCUGUGAGGCAGGAGUACUUUCGCUUCGCCCGGUGGGAACAAGCGGCACCAAGCAGCAGGGGUCCGGUACCGGUCCAGAGGUGACAACACUUCCCUCCUCCUCGCCCGCCGCCCUCCCUCCCCCCACCACCUCCGGCCCCGUGUGACUCAGGGGCUCCCACUGCGGAGCGUCGGACGGGAUUUCUCCGGGAUUUCAGAGUCGGUGCGCAACAGCGAGCCAAGCAGAGCAGGAGGCAGGUGCACGGGAGAGGACAGGACAGGAGGAGGAGGAGGGCUGUGUGUGUUUCCGUGAGAGAGUCCUGUCGUCCACACCGGGCUGAAUGGUCGGUGGUCCACUGGUUGCUCGAUCCGUGUCAGUUUCAUUAGUAUGCGGCCGGAGUCGCUCCGCUGCUGCCGACAUCCAGUCUGAGGACUGAGCGGCAGCCCUGAAGUCUCCUCCGCGCCUGCUAAGUGACUCCUCGCCCCGGGGAGGAGGAGGAGGCGGCGGCGGCGGCAGAAGCAGGACCCCGGCUGCACCGGCUGUUGUGUGGAGCAGUUUUCGCGGACGCGGCACGGACCUCCUCGCCUCGUGGAUCGGGAAGAUGAUGGGCUUUCUGCGCCGGACGUUCAGCCGCCGCUCCCGGAGCCGCUUCCAGACGAGAGAGAGGGACGAACGGGACGGGAAAGGGGGAGGAGAAGGAGGGGGAGGAGGAGCAGGAGGGGUGAGCGGGAACCCCCUGCUCCUGGCCCAUCAGCAGCAGGUCGUGCAUGCGCCCGCCGUGGUGACCGGGGGAUCGUCGGUCCACAUCCCGGCGGCCGGCGCGGCGAGGACCACCAUCACCUGCCGCGUCCUGCUGCUGGACGGCUCGGACGUCACUGUGGACCUGCCAAGUAAAUCCAGAGGCCAGGACCUCUUCGACCAGAUCAUGUAUCACAUAGAUCUGGUUGAGACGGACUACUUCGGGCUUCAGUUCAUGGACACAGAACAAGUCUCGCACUGGCUGGAUAUGUCGAAGUUUAUCAAGAAACAGAUCCGAGACGGGUCUCCGUACAGACUCUUCUUCAGAGUGAAAUUUUACUCCUCGGAGCCAAAUAACCUGCGUGAGGAAUUUACAAGGUAUCUGUUUGUGCUGCAGCUUCGGCAGGAUAUUCUGUCUGGCAAAUUGAAAUGUCCGUACGAUGUCUCAGUAGAGCUGGCGGCAUAUUGUUUACAAAGUGAACUGGGAGACUGCGAUCCCCUGGAGCACUCCCCUGAGCUGGUGUCUGAGUUUCGUUUCAGUCCCAAACAGACCGAGGCCAUGGAGGCAGACAUCUUCGGCAGGUGGUUGGAGCUCAGGGGGAAGAGUCCGUCUCAAGCCGAGAUUUCCUUUCUCAACAAAUGCAAGUGGCUGGAACUUUACGGAGUAGACAUGCACUUUGUCAAGGGCAGAGAUGGAGGAGAAUAUGCACUCGGCCUCACUCCUACUGGCAUCUUAGUGUUUGAAGGCUCCAACAAAAUUGGCCUCUUCUUCUGGCCAAAAAUCACUCGGCUGGACUUCAAAAAGAGUCGACUCACGCUGGUUGUGGUGGAGGACGAUGAUCAGGGUCGGGAGCAGGAGCACACGUUUGUGUUCCAGCUGGCCAGCUCCAAGAGCUGCAAACACCUGUGGAAGUGUGCCGUGGAGAGCCACGCCUUCUUCCGGCUACGCCAACCAACCACGGGCAAGGCCAGCCAAAGCGACUUCACACGACUCGGGUCCCGCUUCAGAUUCAGUGGUAAGACUGAGUAUCAGGCCACUCAUGGAGGCAGACUGAGGAGAGCAAGCACAUUCGAGCGAAGGCCGAGCAAGAGAUACCCCUCCCGCACACAGUCGCUGGGCAAAGCUUCCUUUUCUCCCGCCAAGCCGCAACACAUCAGCUCUCGAGCCAGCCCUGAUCCCAGCCUACAUCCAUACCAGCACAAUAUUCCUAUUGGUCACGAGCCGUGGCACCCGCCUCACCCGGCUCUCACGCCCCCGGUCUACCUGCAGCCCUCUGGCCACACGCCGUCACACAGCUUCCCUCUCAGCGGUCCCGCCUCAGACCAUCAGUUCAGCAUCGAGGAGAAUGAGACCUCCUACUCGGGCAAGAUUCAUCACCACCACCGGCGCCACACGCACAGCCAGGACACGCUCUGCCACACACACACCAAGAACAAGCGUCGAGCUCCUCACUGCCCUGCUGAUGAGUUGGACAUCUCUCAGUCCCUGCUCAAGGCUCUGGAGUCGGAAAGCGAUUCUCCGCCGUGGCCCUCGCUGCACGUCAACAUGGACAAGGGAGAGGAGAAGCAGCUGUCUGAGAAGUCUCUGCACCCCCCGGCCUCUCCGGUGACGCUCCCUGACCAUCUCAAGUGUAACAUCCUCAAGGCCCAGAUGGAGGCGGCCUUCAGGAAGGAGACUUCUACAGUACCUAGAGUGAAGAACUCCAAUGAGACCCUCAAUGACAGGUAUCAGAGCUCAUCCCAAGACUCGGCUGCAUCAAGUCUCACAGCAGAGAGGACGCCGCAUCGGCAAGACCGCAGCCUGACGCCAGAGAGGCCGCAGUCCAGUGCCAGCACAAGCACCACCCGCAGAAAACGACUUGUCAGACAGUUCAGCUUCAACCACGAAGAUGAAGAUAAUCUCCCAGAGGCUCUCGCGGCCAUUUCCUCCCAGAGUACAGGAAAGUCAGGAUCGACCAGCUCACUGGACAAACAGAUACAGCCGUCCAUUUACCCACAGGUGGAUAAUAUGCCAGCACUGGAGCUGGGUAGUCCAUGCUGUCCCUCUCCUUCGCCUUCUCCCCAUCUCUCCCCCUCAUACUACUGUAGCUCCAUUCCUCACCUGGUCCCUUACCUCGCUGCCCAAAACGACAGUGGAGAGGAGAUGAGGCUGGACAGAGAGAAGAUCCUGAGAGCUCUCCUGAUGACAGAGCUCUGAGACCGUGACCCUGGACCCCUGUGACACCUUCGCCAGGCGCAGCGGACUUUGCAGUUUGCGGGGAAAGUGGAGGCAGAAGACCCGAAGUCGUCGGCUGCAGUCAACAUUUGUAUAUGUGCAUAAUACAUUCAGCCGCUAUAAAUAUAUAUUUGCAAAAAGGCAAUUGUUAUAUUUGCUUAACUGUUAUUUUAGGAUGGUUCUUUAUAUUCAUCCAACUAAAAAUGUAAAAACUUGUAAGUGAAACUGAACAAAAUGGACUCACAGACACACAAGCUACAGAUGUGACCGGUGCUGCCUGCAUGAUAAAUAUCUUACACGGUGUAAUAUUUAUCUGAUUUGCUUUGGGGUUAUGUUCUUACGUCACUGUGUCCAUGUUGAUGCCUCAACUGUGUUUUUGGACUGCGACUGUUAAAGCUUUAAUUUGUACACUUAAAAAAAAAAAAAACUCAAGCUUGAGUGAAGGUCGAUUCACUCUCCGGUCAUUUUGUUCCAAAUGUAAAUAGACAUUGUAAGUAAUAUGCUGACAAACGAGCAGGCAUUGUAAAUGCUUACUUCCUUAUUUAUAUAUUGUCAGAUACCCGUUUUGACACGCCGAAACCUCUGCUGCAUUUGACAUUCGAGAAACUUCCUGAACGGAGUGAAGUGGAAGUGGAUCCUGACUCGUUGUAGGAGGCCUGUGCAGCUGCAGUCUUGAUCUGCCCACUAGAAGGAGACAGAUCUGCAGCCACAGCUCCCAUGGCAGCUGAACACAUUGAUCUCGUGUCGUCAUGAGGUACAGAUCAUGGAUCACUUUGCUAUUUUUUACACGCAGUCUCAAGUUAUCAUCACAGCCCAAACGCAAAACAGAUCUCAGCGGUGAUAUCGUUGGACAGCUAUUGUUUAUGCAUAACCCUGCUGCUAAGAACAACUUCAGUCCUUGUUUUGUCACAACCACAUCUGAGGCAGGGUCUUACAUGCUGCUGUACUGUAUGUGUUGCUGUGUUGUUCCUGCCCUUGGUUGGAUCUUAAUUAAAGACCACAUCAUCAGUUCGACAUCUCUGUAGCGGCAUCUUUGGCGUGUGCACCAACAUGGGGAAUGUGGCUCAGCCUCGCCCUGUGUGCCUGUGUGGUGUGAGCGUAGGCCUCACCCACCCUGUGCGGGAAUGUUGUUUCUGAGAUUAUUGCUGAUUUAUCUGCCUCUACACACCUAUCAGGUACAGCGCAGUGAGUCAGUCAGUAAUUGGACCUCUGUUUUGUCUUCCGGUGAAUCACAUAGCGUUUCAUAAUACAUUUUCAGGCUAAGGUGCAGCAGAGAGGCUGCGGAAUUACUUGUUCUUCUUAAAGAAAUAAUGUGGAGUUUGACAGAACUAAUUAUGUGGGCGAGCCACUUAACAAAACAACAAAUCAAGCUCAACCCACCAGCGGAAUGUGGUCUGUCUUUGUGUACUUUAAGAGACUGUGUGAAAAUGAUUAGAGGUGGGAGAGGGGCUGCACCUUAAGUUGGACAUACUUAAAAAAUCAAGUAUCCCCCUGGGGUUAUCAUUCGGGUUGGGAUGAGAUAGUGAAACAGUGACUCAUCUCUUCCUUUUGGGAUAUUUGAUACACUGGUUUCAAACAUCAAUAUAUUCAUUAAAACAUGCGGGCUAAAAGUCAUACUUACACCUCUUGACAGUGUAUGAAACAACAAUGUGUAAUCACACAACAUUUUGCCCUCAAAAGAUUAAAUAUAUUUCCUAUCAAUUCUGCCAAUAAAGUGAAAAACAGUUGAAGUAUUCCGAGCAUUAUUACAUAGAUACUAAUGGUGUUGCUAUGCUGGUUUAGACAGCGACUCCUGUGAGUGGGAGAAAGAGUGAGUGUGUUUAAAAGGGAUCAGGUUGGGUGGGGUGCACAAGAUUGUAUUACACAAUGCCAAAUCUGCCCUGAGGGGGUCUGACAUGGUUUUGUGUGCCUUCCUUCUCUCUUCCCCCUUCCUGCACUCUCCAUUCUUCACUUUUCCACCCUUUUAAAAGAAGGACCAUCCUCUCAGAUAAUGUGCUUAGUGUGUCCGAGUGACAAUAGCUUCUUUGCCAUAGAGUGUGUGUGUGUUUGUGUAUGUGGGAAACGCAGAGGUAAUCGCUGAGGACAGUGUGAGGGAGUUCCCACAGUUUCGCCUCUAGCCACAUUCUGUCA